GUUAAACAUGUUCUGAAAUUCAGUACAGUUGUGAACUACUUUUCGGAAGCUGACGAGACAAAACUUAUUUCCACAGUAGAAAAUGAAGUGGAAUCGAACAAAUAUAUUCAGAAGAUGUCAAGACAGGGAAGAAUUCUCAUUCAAGUACUGUCGUAUUUCUAGAUGUCAUUAUGUGAACGGGAAAAAAGAAAAUCUUUCAACAUUAUUCAGUUAUAUCACAGGAAAAUCUUUUGACUUCUUGGAAGGUGGAUCAAUAUAUAAGAGAUCAAAAACAGAGAAAGAUGUACCUCAACCUAGUAUCUCUGGGCUACAAAUUCCAUCCCUUAGAUCAUCUAUAACCAUUUGUGAAAAUGAUUCAUCUAAUGAAAGUGUUCAAAAAAAGCUCAUUCGUGUAACAAAUUGGAUGUAAUAUGUCUCCACCUGGCCAACGACUAACCACUGCUCAAUAUUUUUAUUGCUAUAUUCUUUAAUUUUAUACUAAAUGUGAAUUUAUAUUUUUUAUGGGUAUAUUUAUUAACUUUGGAAUAAUUAAUAA